GGGCGGGGCCAAGAUGGCGCCGAGCGCCGGCGUCUCCGUCUGUCCACCCUGGGGCAUCAUCCUUCUGGGGAGGAGAAGAGAGACUCCAGAAUGACUGAGGAGAAGAAGCUGAAGCUCAGCAAUACUGUGCUGCCCUCAGAGUCGAUGAAGGUGGUGGCUGAGUCCAUGGGCAUCGCCCAGAUUCAGGAGGAGACCUGCCAGCUGCUGACAGAUGAAGUCAGCUACCGCAUCAAGGAGAUCGCACAGGAUGCCUUGAAGUUCAUGCACAUGGGGAAGCGGCAGAAGCUCACCACCAGUGACAUUGACUAUGCACUGAAGCUAAAGAAUGUCGAGCCACUCUAUGGCUUCCACGCUCAGGAGUUCAUUCCUUUCCGUUUUGCCUCUGGUGGGGGACGGGAGCUUUACUUCUACGAAGAGAAGGAGGUUGAUCUGAGCGACAUCAUCAAUACCCCUCUGCCCCGGGUGCCCCUGGACGUCUGCCUCAAAGCUCAUUGGCUGAGCAUUGAAGGCUGCCAGCCAGCUAUCCCCGAGAAUCCACCCCCAGCUCCCAAAGAGCAGCAGAAGGCUGAGGCCACAGAACCCCUAAAGUCAGCCAAGCCAGGCCAGGAGGAAGACGGACCUCUGAAAGGCAAAGGUCAAGGUGCCACCCCAGCUGAUGGCAAAGGGAAAGAGAAGAAGGCGCCACCCUUGCUGGAGGGGGGCCCUUUGCGACUGAAGCCCCGAAGCAUCCAUGAGCUGUCUGUGGAGCAGCAGCUGUACUACAAGGAGAUCACUGAGGCCUGUGUGGGGUCCUGUGAGGCCAAGAGAGCGGAAGCUCUGCAGAGCAUUGCUACCGACCCAGGUCUCUACCAGAUGCUGCCACGAUUCAGUACCUUCAUCUCGGAGGGGGUCCGUGUGAAUGUGGUUCAAAACAACCUGGCCCUGCUCAUCUACCUGAUGCGCAUGGUGAAGGCGCUGAUGGACAACCCUACAUUGUAUCUAGAAAAAUAUGUGCAUGAGCUGAUUCCAGCUGUGAUGACAUGCAUUGUGAGCAGACAGCUAUGCCUACGACCAGAUGUGGACAAUCACUGGGCACUCCGAGACUUUGCUGCCCGCCUAGUGGCCCAGAUCUGCAAGCAUUUCAGCACCACCACUAACAACAUCCAAUCCCGGAUCACCAAGACCUUCACCAAGAGCUGGGUGGAUGAGAAGACUCCCUGGACAACUCGUUACGGCUCCAUCGCAGGCCUGGCAGAGCUGGGACAUGAUGUAAUUAAGACUCUGAUCCUACCCCGGCUGCAGCAAGAGGGGGAGCGCAUCCGCAGCGUCCUGGAUGGCCCCGUGCUAAGCAACAUUGACCGGAUCGGAGCAGACCAUGUGCAGAGCCUCCUCCUGAAGCACUGUGCCCCCGUUCUGGCAAAGCUGCGCCCACCGCCUGACAAUCAGGAUGCCUAUCGGGCAGAAUUUGGGUCCCUCGGGCCCCUCCUCUGCUCCCACGUGGUCAAGGCCCGGGCCCAGGCCGCUCUGCAGGCUCAGCAGGUCAACAGGACCACUCUGACCAUCACGCAGCCCCGGCCCACACUGACUCUCUCGCAGGCCCCUCAGCCUGGCCCUCGGACCCCCGGCUUGCUGAAGGUCCCUGGCUCCAUCGCAUUGCCCGUCCAGACAUUGGUGUCUGCGCGAGCUACUGCCCCGCCUCAGCCCUCCCCUCCUCCGACCAAGUUUAUUGUAAUGUCAUCCUCCAGCGCCUCAUCCACCCAGCAGGUCCUGUCCCUCAGCACCUCAGCCCCCGGCUCAGGCUCCACCACUACCUCUCCUGUCACCACCACAGUCCCCAGCGUGCAGCCUAUUGUCAAGCUGGUCUCCACGGCCACCACUGCACCCCCCAGCACUGCUCCCUCUGGUCCGGGCAGCGUCCAGAAAUACAUUGUGGUCUCACUUCCCCCAACAGGGGAGGGCAAAGGAGGCCCCACCUCCCACCCUUCUCCAGCUCCUCCCCUGUCGUCAUCGCCCUCCCCCCUUGGGGGCAAUGCCCUCUGUGCGGGGAAACAGGAAGCUGGGGACAGUCCCCCUCCAGCUCCAGGGACUCCAAAGGCUAACGGCUCCCAGCCCCCCAGCUCUGGCUCCCCUCAGCCUGCUCCGUGAUGCUCCAUCUCCGGCCCCUGGAUCCCCCCUCCACACACACACCGCACACACGCGGGGCGGAAGAAAGUAGUAGGCUGCUUCCUCCACGUCACUUUUUUAGAUAUUGUACAGCCAGUUACUCAGAAUAAAAGCUUGGUUUGUAA